AUGAGCUGGGAUUCCCCAUGGUUCGACCGUGCAAAGCACGGGAUUUUCCGUUGGGUUUUUGACCAGCCCGCAUCACCUGGUACCAAGAAGUCCCCUCAGAUCCUCAUCAGGUCAACUCUGUACAAGGAGGAUGUGUGGAUCAACGACCACACCUCUGUCUGGGGCUCCUUGUAUGACCUGGAGCUGAAACGCUGGGGCUACAAAUGUUGUAAAAUCAUGGAGAAGAACGGCGCGUGUACGGCCGAGAAGGCACCGGAGCCGGAGCCCAACUCCAGCGACCUGGACAACUCGCCGGACAGCGAGGAUCUCUUGGGGCCCGGUGGCUUGGAAAUCAUCGAUUGGAGCGAUCCUCCAUUGGAGCUGAAGCCCCGAGAAUCCUUCAAGGAAGCAACCGCUUGGGUGGAACACUUUGUGCGCUACCAUGUGGGUGCUUGGCAGCGCAAGGCCGAUGCGAACUAUGCGGGUUUUCCGGACUUGGCGGUGACGACCUUGAAACCUCUGCUGAAGCCCUCACAGGAAGCUUUGGAGAUCCUCAUCCGAAGAUUGCACAAUCCGAGGGAGUUGGAUCGCUCAGAGAAGACAGUCAGAAAAGGAAGAGAAACAAGAGCCGGCAUGGAAGGACGCGUGCAAGAAGAGAAACUUGGUCGAAAAUUGAUCAUAGCAAAGAUCGUCCUGGAGCAGCUGGAUGACAUCUCCAGCAACUGCUCCAAGUUGGAUUACUUGGCGGCACGGGCUGGCUACAUGAAGCUCACCUUAGGCGGGACGCUGGAUGCGCAGAAAACUGCAGGCCAAGGUCAUAAAGGCUUUAUGUUGUUAUUAGAUCAGAUGAUAAGAUAUGAUAUGACAUACACAUAUAUAUAUAUUUUUGGCACUGACUCCAAGAAGCGAAAGAUUCCGCUGCGGCCAUCGCAGGUCACACUCAAAUUCAGCCGAGGGCUGUGCUCGGCAGAAAAAAUAAUGGGCAAAUAA